AUGGCGUCACGGAAGACAAAGAAGCGAGCUCAUGUCAGCGACAGCGACCACAACAGCGGAGAUGAUGCUGAGGAUUUCAAUGGCGUCAGCGUCUCUUUCCCCCCGUUUAGCGGGGAGUUCGAGUCCUGGGACGCAUUCCACGAGGAGCUAAAGAGGUACCAGGAAGAGACGCAUCAACUGUACAAGAUUCGCUCUACAAACUCCGUGCCCGAUCGCAACAAAAAGUGCGGGUCACCAAGCACGUGGCCACCCACAACCACGACGUCGGUCAAGACGUCUACUAUACAUACGGAGAAGCCCUCAAAAUUACUUCUCCAGGCACGCAACGUGUCGUGUUCUAAGAAGAAGAAGAUACUGCGCUAUCUCAAGGAGGUCUCGGGGAAAGUUGUUCUACCCAAGGAUGUCGAGAAUCUUAUUACUAAGAUGCGUAAGGAGACCUACACGUCUGAGGACGAUAACGUGCGCGUGGCUCAAGUGCUUCAAGACUUUAGCGAGGGUCCUGGCAACGCUGUCGACGUCUUUCGUGAUAAAUCUACGGGGCUUACAACGUGUAUUACGUUCCAGACGGCCCACAUGCGACGGAUGGUGGGUAAGUUUCCGGAGGCUGUCUGCGUCGAUUCGACCUACGGAACCAACAUCAAUCGAUAUCGGUUGUUCAGUUUCAUGAUUACGGACAAGUUCGGGUGUGGAGCUUUUGCGCAGCAUUCUCUAGUGGACGGAGAGAGCAGGUUGAACAUUGAGUGCGCAGAUUUCACUGAACUGGCGCUGCUGCGAGAUGAAUUUCCAUGUGCGACUAUCAUCCUCUGCCACUUUCACGUUAUUGACUAUCUUCAGCGAGAAGUGAGCAAGAAAGACUAUGGGUUCUCCAGUUUUGAGAAGAUGCACGUGAAGAAUACCCUGACGUUGAUGGUUCGAGCGGAGAAUGAGAGUCUAUUCGAUGACUACCUGUCGGCAUUGAGGAAACUGUGUGCGAGUUAA